AUAUUUGAUGAACCACCAAUCGUAAAGAUGAAAAAGGCAACCCUGACACUAUUUCGAUCUUUUCUGGUAAUACCAUUUACAGCCGGGAAUAGGCGAAACAGUUCUGAUCGAUUCCGGCUCUAUGACUGCAGUACGGCAUCAACAAUCAUGUUCCUGUUGCUGCUGGCGUCGAUUGUUGUCUUCACCGGAAGUCUUGCCAUUAUGAAUGGGGCAAUGCAGCGCGUGCAAGUGAUAAAGGGGGUAUUGAUAAUGAUAGAUCUUGCUGGUAUUGUAACAUGUGCUCUGAUUGGUUACCUCAUCCACAAACAUGGCGUACCAUAUACCGAUCUGUCGAGGUCUAUUACACGUAGCGAAUCGAAGCAUCUUCAAGUAGGAUUUCUGUGGCUGUUUGCGUUAUUGUCAACGCUGUUUUUCUGCUUUAAAAGUGCUGUCGAAAUAGAGUGUUGGAAUAUGUUUUCCUCUACUCAGACAAUAGAUUCGACUCUCCGUAUUAUACUUAUAGCUUGUCAAACCACUGCCAUACGAUACCUGACAGUAUACAAAGUUGAACACUGUCCGUCAUUAAAACAUGCAAUACGAGUGUUAUUAGGUAUCAACGUUUGUUUUUGGGUCAAUUCAUUUGUUCGGGACAAAACAAUCGUGAACCCAAGCAGCCAGAUGGGUCCCGACCAUAAUAUCUCGUAUUGGAUACAUUGUGCUUUCAAUUCCACAUCCGGGCUUCUAUAUUACAGUUCAAAGAAGUUCAUCAUUCCUGCUUAUGUAGAGUUCAUGCUAUUGUGUAUAACUCUGCUGAAUGAAAUAAGUGCCAUGAACUCCUCAAAAAACGAGUCUAACACAGAGUCGGUUGAAUACAAUAUCAACGAUAACUCGCCAGCUGAUGAAGAAGAAGAUACGCCCUUAGUACCGACAUCAAGUCGGCCAUCAGUACCAAACAUAUGUGUUUACAUUACGGUGAUUUUAAGUGCGUUUGUAUCGUUACCAAACAUAAUUUUGCAUAUUAUACAUGAUUUAUUUUCCAACGAGGAUCUCGAGAUUCCUGUGAUUAUGUACGAGAUUUCAAUGAAAUCAGUUAUGAUAAUCGCGACAAUUCUGGCAUUUUACUAUACGGAAACCAUUAUGGAGCCUCCUACAGUAAGUGUCUGGCAGUAUAGCACCAGAGACAGGGUAUUCCUCGCAUCGGUGUUAGCCAUCUUCAGUAAUCAUUGUUUCGCAGUAAUGGCUACCUGUUUAUCUGACACUGAGACAUCGAAGACUGUUCUCACAGGGGAUUGCUUGAAGCUCAUCCAAGUAUAUUUUCAAAGUGUUUUUCUCAUUCAUGCGUCAAGAUGUGUACGAAAAGCAGGCUAUGAAAAUUGUAAUGUUUUUGUUUGCACGUGUAUGUUUCUUGCUUUUACCAACCUUGGAUGUUGGAUAGUAGAUAGCUUUAUAAUUGGCCAAACUCUCACACGUAUGAAGGAUAUACAGAUACAGAUUCUCCAACCCACCAUAUGGCAUGUCCUGUACGAAAUCUUUGGACCACUUACAAUGUAUUACAGCUUUGCAUCAGUCUUUGCUUUCCGUACGCUUUACAUGAAAUUUAGUGCAAGGUAAGCCUAUAUAUGUUUACGUGCAAUCGUGCGUGUGUGUACAUAGGUGGUAUUAAACUAUUCAAGCGCAGUUAAUGAUUGUUCCAUCAAAUUAUAUUUCAAUUACGGGAUGCAGAUGGUAUUUUGUUGAUAUAUUAUCUCCAAAAGGAACAAAAAAUCAUUGGCGCAUACUAUGUUUCACUUCUGAGGCAGUUAUGGGAAAAUAUUAAACUGAAGGGCCACGGAAAGCUCACU